AUGACUUUCAAGCGGCGGCCAGCAAACCGCAAGGGCCCGCGCUCUGCCGCGCACCGCAAGAUCAGGAGUCCGUGUCUACUGGACCCGAAGUCCACGUGUUCGGGUACCCUGUUGCCUUCUGACCUCGAGCUGCCGACAGUAUCCGACGACAGGUCCCCCACAGAUGUGGGGGAGUCGAGCGAGUUGGAACAAUCCGAGUUGGAACAGAAGAGACUGACAAUUGGAGAAGCAGCAACGGUGGACAGCUCUUCUUUUGCUCCGGGGGCUACUGAUGAUGCUACUGGUCCAGUCGUCAGUGCAGUCGCACUUCAGCUGGCGGUACCAGCAAGGGACACGGACUCGUCGUUUGGAUCGACGGCCUCGUCCUCGUCGACAAGAGAGACCACGACUCUGCUGCCACAAUUGUGUACCGUGCAACGUGAUCCGAAUGAUUCGGUGGAGCCCGUUGCUGAAGGUCAGGACGGAGAACGCGAGCCGGUGCGUCGUGGCCGACGUAAACGCCGUCCAGUGGAUCUACUGCAUCCGUCGGAGACGCCAUGUAGCCGUAAGUCUUCGCAUAUGCAGAGAAACGUCAAGUCCAAGGUACAAGCUCUGCGUAAUGAUCGCCCUGCAGCUGCUGUCACGGCUGCGGCUUGCGCUGGGGCUGCUGCAAAGCAGAGAGAGAAAACACAGAAGCGAGUUGCUGCUAAGAGUGCUGAUAGCACAAGCAAAUGGACACCUACUGGAGUCUUAUCACCUGUUCAAGAUGAGAAGAAAAAGACACCAGAGAAGAAACGGAGCUGCAAGGCGCGGCGCUCAUUAGAAUCCGCGUACACUUUCGAGUCGCAGACCGAGUACGUCUCGGCGUUGAUCAAAGAGCUUUACGAAGAGCAGGAACAGGACGACCGGGAGAUGUAUAGCAUCACUAGAGACACGGUCGUGACAGAGACAAGCGCAUGCAAGCGAUCCCAGGAGAUCGAGGAUCUCAACAUGGAGGAAUUUCGACGCUUGAUGACAUAUGGUGAAGUGUCGAUCAAGUCGGUGGCUAACACGGUCCUGCCAUUGCUGAACCUAGACGAGGACGACGUUUUCUUCGACCUUGGAUGCGGCACGGGGAAAAUCCUGGUGCAAGCGGCUCUUCAAACACCGUGUAGACGAGCAACAGGCAUCGAACUUAUGCAGAAUCGCGUUCUGGAAGGACAAAAAGCCUUGAAGCGGCUAGAAUCCCGCAACAUUGCCAUACUGCGCGGCAAGCAAGUCGAGAUCUUUCGAGGCGAUAUCUUUGUUCCACCCGAGGAAGCACGUUUGAUGGACGCCACUGUGGUCUUCAUCAACAAUGUCAUGUUCGGCCCUGCUCUCAUGCUAAAGGUAAUGGAGCUUCUCAAGGACAUGGCCAAGCUGCGGUGCGUGAUCACACUUCGCAAAAUAUGCGAACGUCACGGAGACUCAAAGUGCACUCGCGCCGGUAACUUUUGCAUCGAGUACGUCCACCCGCCCAUUGAAGCUGAGAUCGAUGUAUCCUGGGCCGACAAGACCUCGGUGUAUCUUUACGAAAGUCUGGAUUACAAGCUGUGCGAGUUGAGACGUCAGCUUUCCAAAGGCGUACACUAG